AUGGCCCCCAGGCAGAAAGUAGCAGCCAGAAAGAUAAACAACAAAAAGCUACGCUUUAGAGUUAUGCAAGAAGCACCUGCGGCACUACCACAACCACCGGUCAUUCAACAAAAGGUUGCACAGAAGGCAUUGAGGACCAAAUUUGAUCUUGCAUUGUUCGUUUCUGAGGCCGCAUGGAAUUUCUUCGAGAGAACCACGAAUCUGCCGGUGAUAGUGGAAAGAGGAGUGGACACUGAGAGUGCAUCGGCACUGUACAUCUCACUAUAUAGGUGGACACGGCUGGCUAAUCCUCUAAUGGAGCCAAGGAUGAAUGUAGUAAGGAAAUUUUAUAGCAAUCUAAUAGAGGCAGAAGGAGACAUGGUGUAUGUGAGAGGAGGAAAUAUGGACAUCAGCCCUGCCGCAAUCAGAACCGCAUGGAGCUUGCCAACGGUGGAAAUAGACCUAGAGAAGGCACUGGCAGAUCUGUGCAAGGAUAAAAGCUUAGCAGAUGUUCUCCUGAACGAGCUCUGUGAAGAUGAGGAUGGCGAUUUGAGCUAG